AUGAGUAAUCCCAGAGAUGAGGAGUAUGACUAUUUGUUUAAAGGUAAGAAAAGCAAUAUUUUGACAAUUUUUGCCCGAAAAUUCCAAAAAAAAAUUUUCAAAGUUACAGUAGUCCUCGUUGGCGAUUCUGGAGUUGGAAAAUCCAAUUUACUCUCCAGAUUCACCAGAAAUACAUUCGAUUUGGAAACCAAAUCGACGAUUGGAGUGGAAUUUGCGACGAGAAGUAUGAUGAUCGAGGGAAAAAAGAUCAAAGCCACAAUUUGGGACACAGCUGGACAAGAGAGAUACCGAGCAAUCACUCCAGCCUAUUAUCGUGGAGCUCUUGGAAUUCUGAUCGUCUAUGAUAUCGCAAAACAUCAAACAUUUCAAAAUAUCGAUCAAUGGUUGAAAGAGUUGAGAAAUCAUGCGGACGAGUCUAAUAUCAGUAUUAUGUUGGUUGGAAAUAAGACAGAUUUGAGACAUCUGAGAGCUGUCCCCACUCAAGAGGCUGCUAUUUAUGCCGACAGAAAUCAUAUGAGCUUUAUUGGUGAGGUUUUUGAAAUUUUUAAAAAAAAUUAG